AUGGCGCUAGACAUCCUGGCCGUGGGCGCCCUCUACCAGAGCCCGGACGUCAGCAAAAUGAGGGUGAUAGCAGAGUCGCCCAAAAAGGGAACUUCCACGCCAAAACCCUUCACCCCCCUGAAGACCAAGCUCACCACCAUCGAGACCAAGAGGGUCCUGUCCGUGCUGGACGAGACCAUCCAAAAGGUGGAGCUGGUGACGCUGCUGUCCUCCGUGGCAGCCAACCUGGAGGAGCUGGAGGGCCUGCUGGGCGAGGAGCUGUGCCGGGCGGUGCGGGAGCACGAGGACCUGUGCCAGGUACUCAUGGACAAGGUCCGCUACCUGCAGGAGGAGGAGCUGCAGCUGCAGGCCGAGGAGGAGUUUGAGGAGGAGGCCUGGUUCCGAGACCUCCUCCUGUCCAUCGAGCUGCAGAAGUCCAACCUCCUGCCGCUCAUGGGGCAGAUCCGGGACUCCACCAAGAACAUCCUGCGGCUCCUGCUCGGCAACCCGCAGGCGGCCCAGCUCCUGCGGGCGCGGGCGGCGGACCGGGGCCCGGGAGCCCAGGGCUUCGUGGACAGCCUGGUGGAGCUCCGCGGCUUCCUGUUUGAGAAGCUGCUCACCAGCCCCAUGGAGGCCAGGGACAAGGGCCAGUUCAUCCAGGACAUCACCAAGCGGAACAUGCGGAACCAGGAGGUCAUCGACGCGCUGGAGAACGAGCUGGCGGAGAGGAUGCGGAACAGGGCCGCGGAGGUGGAGAAGGAGAACUUUGUGAUCCAGGAGCUGAAGAACCACCUGCACCAGGUGCUCAAGUUCUCGGAGAACAGCCUGACGCGCACCAAGCAGGAGGCGGAGAAGCAGCAGAAGGCGGACUACCGGGCCUCACAGUCCCGCGUGGCCAGGAUCCAGCAGGACAUCCUGCAGCUGCGCUCGCAGUUCCACAGCCUGGUCAUGGAGAACCGGGAGGCCGAGCAGGCGCUCCGGAAGAAGAAAUAUAAAGUGGAGACGGAAAUCGAGAACUGGAUCCAGAAAUACGACACGGAGAUGACCGAAAAGCAGGAGGAGUACGAGGAGCUGGACAUCAUCCACAAGGAGGAGAAGAUCCAGCUGGAGGAGCUGCAGACGCGGUAUGAGGUGCUGGUGGAGGAGUUCUCCCAGAUCCGGGAGGAGCGGGAGAUCAACUCCAAGAAGAGGAUGGAGGCCGAGCAGGACAUGAUGCGCAUGGUGAAGGCGGCAACGCUCAUCCAGGCCGUGUGGAAGGGCUACCUGGUCCGCUCCCUGCUCCGGUCCAAGAGGAAGAAACGGGGCAAGGGCAAGGGCAAGGGCGAGAAGGGCAAGGGCAAGGGCAAGGGCAAGAAAUGA